GGACGUCACAAAGAAAGACAAAACAAAAGAAAAUAAAUGGAAAAUCAAAGAAGCCAGCUUUUUGGUAUCCGCGGCGUGGACUUUUUUACUCAACUUCCCCAGAUCUCCAAAAACAGCAAAAACGAAAUUAAACCCCAGAAAUUUCAUUAUCAAUGGCCGACGGCAACUUCGACGCCGGCGGCAAGCGCCAGCCGUCAUCAUCGCAACCCUCUAAUCCCAAGACGGUUGCGCCGCCACGCCCUACCAUCAUGCUACCGCCUAGGCCUUUCUCCGACGCACUUUUCAACUGUGGGUUGGGGUUUAGUCCCGGCCCUAUGACUCUCGUCUCCAGCUUUUUUUCCGACUCCGACGAGCAGAAGUCCUUUUCUCAGCUUCUCGCUGGUGCUAUGGCCUCACCGGCCGCGUCUGCACCGAAGCCUAACAUCUCACCACCUGUCACGGAGGAGCAGGGUGGGGUCGGCGGGGGAGGGGGUGACGUGGGGUUGCGGCUUAAGCAGAAUAAGCCGCCCGGUUUGGUGAUAGCGCAACCGCCACCGAUGUUUACUGUGCCGCCGCUGUUUAGCCCGGCCACUCUGCUGGAUUCGCCGGGGUUCGGUUUGUUUUCUCCCAGCCUUCUGAGCCCUUUCGGAAUGACACACCAGCAGGCCCUAGCACAGGUCACUGCUCAGGCAGCACAUGUGCAUUCACAGAUGCAAAACCAGGCCCAGUCUUCUUUGUCAUCAGCACCUGCAGCAUCUUUAGCACCAGUUUCAUCCAUUAACACCAGCACAGCUACAAAUCAACAAAUGCCACCCUCAUUGCCAGACUCUAGCAUAUCAAAAAAGGAAUUGUCAGAUGUAUCUCAUACUGACCAGCAAUCCCAACCUUCAUCAUUUUCUGUAGAUAAACCUGCUAAUGAUGGCUACAACUGGCGAAAGUAUGGACAGAAACAGGUCAAAGGUAGUGAAUAUCCUAGAAGUUACUAUAAAUGCACACAUCCCAAUUGUCCAGUUAAGAAAAAGGUUGAGCGAUCUCUUGAUGGUCAAGUAACUGAAAUAAUCUACAAGGGACAGCAUAACCACCAGCCUCCUCAGCCCAAUAAGCGUGCAAAAGAUGCUGGAAACUUAAAUGGAAAUUCAAAUAACCAAGGAAAUCUGGAAUUAGCUUGUCAAAUUCAGAGUGGCAAUUUGAAUAUACUGAAAGAAGGGACAUCUGCAUAUCCAAUGAUUAAGAGGGACCAGGAAUCCAGCCAAGUGACAGCUGAACAUAUAUCUGGGACAAGUGACAGUGAGGAAGCAGGUGACACUGAAACUGCUGCAGAUGAAAGGGAUGAAGAUCAACCUGAUCCAAAAAGACGAAGUACAGAAUUUAGGGUCUCAGAUCCAGCUGCUUCGCAUAGGACUGUAACAGAACCAAGAAUAAUUCUGCAGACCACCAGUGAAGUUGAUCUUUUGGAUGAUGGUUAUAGAUGGCGCAAGUAUGGGCAGAAAGUUGUGAAAGGCAAUCCUCAUCCAAGAAGCUAUUACAAAUGUACAACCCCAGGAUGCAAUGUGCGUAAGCAUGUUGAAAGGGCUUCAACAGACCCAAAAGCCGUGAUAACGACAUAUGAGGGCAAACACAAUCAUGAGGUUCCUACAGCUAAAAGUAGUAGCCAUAAUACAGCCAACGCCACUGCAACUCAAGCAAGACUGCAGAAUGUGAGGACCGAUCAGCAUCAAGUUAACAGGGCAGCUUUUGGGAACAAUAAUCAACAACCUGUAGCACGUUUGCAGUUGAAGGAGGAGCAGAAAGCAUAAUUUUCAUGAUUUGUAAGUGGAAAAUGGCAGGCGGAUAUGUGUCCUGAUUGGAAUUUGUCAUAAAUCUGGCUUGGUUGUAAGAUAACUUUGCCCAGGUUUGUAUUUCACUCAAGGCCGCCAUUUUGAUGGAGGAUAACCACCCAACUGCUGAUAUAAAAUAGGAAGAGGUUACAAAAUGGAGAACAAAAACAGAAGCUAUUUGCUCUGCUGAAGAAGUUAAUGGUGUUGUUGUAAACUAGGCUAGUGGGUAUAUACCAUCAUUCUUUCUGUGCAUUCUUUUACACGGAAAUACUACAUUGUAUGUUGUUUAUAUAAUUUUUUGAAGAUGAUGCUUUAAUAUCAGAAUCCACCUCUACCUGUCUUCUUGAAGUUUUUGGGUGUUAUACUGCUAUUGGUCAGAGUGAAUUGGCAUUGGCUAGACCAGUUCAUUUUCUUACUUUCGCAACAUUUUUUCUUACUAAAAUACAGUCAUUUGU